GCGCGGCGCGGGCGCGCGGGCGGGGGGAUCCGCGGUGGGCGCGGCUGCGAAGGCUCGAGGCGCGGCGGCGCGAGUGCGUCACGCCCGCGGAGGGCUCGGUGGGCUGCGGCCGACCCGCCGACCAGCAGCCGGGCGUCCCGGACGAGGGGGAGGCGGCCGCACCCUCCCUGGCGGCCAGCGCCCGGCCGGGGUCGCCAGCGAGCCGGCUCCGGCUCCAUUCAUUCCCGCGGCUCCGCCUCCUCUCCCGGCUCCGCGGGCGCGUCCGAGAGGAUGGCAUUCCCUGUGGAUGUGCUGGAUAAUUGCAGUCAUGAGGAACUGGAAAAUUCUGCUGAAGAUUAUAUGUCAGACCUAAGGUGUGGAGACCCUGAAAAUCCUGAGUGUUUUCCUCUUCUCAAUGUAACGAUUCCUAUUAGCCUGUCAAAUGUAGGCUUUGUACCUCUUUAUGGUGGAGAUCAGACCCAGAAAAUUCUUGCUCUUUUUUCACCCGAGGACUCACUCACAGCUGUGGCACUUUACCUGGCUGAUCAGUGGUGGGCUGUUGAUGAUAUUGUAAAAACAUCUGUCCCUUCUAGAGAGGGGCUUAAGCAGGUGAGAACUCUUGGGGAGAGAGUGGUUCUGUAUGUUCUGAAUCGAAUUAUUUAUAGAAAACAGGAAAUGGAGAGAAAUGAGAUCCCAUUCCUGUGUCAUAGCAGUACUGAUUAUGCUAAGAUUCUGUGGAAGAAAGGAGAGGCCAUUGGGUUUUAUUCAGUUAAGCCUACAGGAAGCAUAUGUGCCUCAUUUCUUACCCAAAGCUACCAACUGCCAGUUCUUGAUACAAUGUUUAUAAGAAAGAGCUAUCGAGGCAAAGAUUUUGGGCUUCAUAUGCUGGAGGACUUCGUUGAUUCCUUUACAGAAGAUGCACUUGGCUUGCGGUAUCCACUGUCCUCUAUAAUGUACACAGCUUGCAAGCAGUACUUUGAAAAGUAUCCAGGAGACCAUGAACUCCUUUGGGAAGUUGAAGGUGUUGGGCAUUGGUACCAGAGAAUACCUGUCACCAGAGCAUUACAGAGAGAAACACUUAAAAUUACAGCAAUUCCUCCAAAUGAAGCUAAAAGAACUACGUCUGGAGGAUAUGGUCUUGCAUCUGUUCCAGAAUAUGAAGCAGGAACUGAAGAUAGUCAGUCUAGUGAGAUGCAGCUAACUAUUGAUUCUCUAAAAGAUGCCUUUGCAAGCACUUCUGAAGGUCAUGAUAAAACACCAGUUUCCACUCGGACUCGAAGUAGUCAUCUGAAGCGGCCAAAGAUUGGAAAGCGGUUUCAGGAUUCUGAAUUUAGUGGUUCUCAAGGGGAAGAUGAAAAGAUAGCUGAGACUUCACCUACAGCUUCAGUAAUUAAAUUGGAGUCUACUUCACACACAUCAGAGAGCUCAGAAGAAUUACUAGAAGAAGAACAUUCACAGAGUGUGGUUGAAUUUGAGGACGGAAGUAGUGAUAAAGAUGCUCAUUCAACACCUAAAAUCCAGUCACAUCUGGAGAAGCAAGAUGGUGAAAAGGAAUCUGAAGUAGAGCCUAUGAAUGGUGAAGUAAUGGAUGAUACUAUUAAGACCUCUCUUAUAAUUGAAGAGGAGGACUCCACUAGUGAAGUUUUAGAUGAAGAAUUUAAAUUGCAGCCUUUUAAUUCCAGUGAAGACCCUACAAAUCUAGUUCCGCUGGUGGUAGAAUCUUCAAAACCCCCCGAGGCUGUUGCACAGGAUAAGACCUCAAAUGUAACUGACUCAGAAGUGUUGUUAAACGAAGGCCCAUCUGAUGGAAAGGGGCACACAGAAGAGAAACUGCCACAAGUUCCAAGAAAGAAGGCACAUUUUGGGAGUUCAGACAAUGCUGCCACUAUCCCACAUGAAGAGCAAUCUGACAGUGGUUUUCCAAACUCUGCGGUAGCUGAAUUUUCUGAGGAACCGAUCUCUGAAAAUUUGUCACCCAAUACUACUUCCUCAUUGGAAGACCAGGUUGAAGAGGGGGUGUCCGAGCCCCAGGAAACAUCUCCAGCUGUUCCUCAGAGUUCUUUGAUAGAAGUUGAACUUGAAGAUGUGCAGUUUUCACAGAAUGCAGGACAGAAGAACCAGUCAGAAGAGCAGUCGGAAGCAUCUUCUGAGCAACUGGAUCAGUUUACACAAUCAAUAGAAAAAACUGUGGAUAGCAGCUCAGAGGAAAUAGAAGUGGAAGUGCCUGUUGUAGACAGGCGGAAUUUAAGAAGAAAGGCCAAAGGAUACAAAGGACCCGCUAAGAAGAAAGCCAAGCUGACCUGAAUGAAGAAACGCAGAUCACAAAUCCUCUUUGUAACAUAACUGUUUUUAAGAUAUGGUAAUAAAUAGCACGGGGCACAGGACAAAAAUUCCAGAAUUUCACUCUGAGCUUAUUUAUGAUGCUGUUUUUCCCUCCUUCUUAGGACUUAGGAUUCACCAUUGUUUUUAAUUUUCAGGUUACUUUGAGUAAAUACAGUUUUUUAAUUUUUAUUAACCAUGUUUUGAUUUGGGGAAACCAGAUCAUACUGUAUUUUCUUUAGUAGUUGGGGCCAUCUGACUAUUAAUAUUUCAGGAUAUAUAAAUUAAAAAACAAAGUAGUAGGCUUUUCAUUGUGAGGAUUACAGAAAUCUUUUACACUUGAGUUUUAAAUAGUAAACUUGGGGAGUGUUCUAGAAGUUUUAGCUUAACUAUCAAAACUAAUCACCAUUUUAAAAAAUGUAGGCAUGCCUAAACAAAAAUGGCAGUAAAUUAGAAUAAUUUCGACUAAAUGAGAGCACAAAUACAUAAAUUUUUGGUCAAAGGUUUAUGAGGGCGGUAUUUUGGCCUCUUAAUUCAUUGUAGUUUAGAUGCAGUUUCUUCAUUUGACUUUUCCGAAUAGGUACAAACUUUCCAACUCACUCCUUAUAACAUCUAAUAUUAACAGUAGUGCUAGGGAUUUAACUCUGGCAUGUAGGUACUAAUAUAAUUAUUUAAAUUUUCUUUUGAAGUUGGGAACUAUACUUUUGUCUUCACCUAGUUAACACAUAUACAUUAGAAGAGGCCCCUUCCUAAGAGUUCUUCUUAAUCCUGCUAUUGCCCUUAUUCUAGAAUCUUAUUUAUAUUCCUCUCAGCGUUCAUCCACUUCCCUCACAGAGUGAAUCCUGUCAAAAAAUCUGCCUGCCUGCCUGCCAGCUUAUGCCCUCAGCAUCACUUUGGGUAGGUAUGAAACUACGCCCCACUUAGAUCUGGAUGACAGCAGUAACGCUGCCCUAGGAACUGUUACCAGAGCUUAAGUCAAAUUGAGGCUUUGUCCCUUCGGUCUUGCUUUUACUCUUGAUUUGUUUUGAGGACAGGUUACAAGCCAGCCUGUUCAUUGUGUUGCCAUAGCAAAGGCCUUUGCCCAGGAAAACUUAAAAACAACAAAACCCUCAAUUGUUAAUUUUUGUAGAGUAAUUUAUUUAGAUAUGAACAAAAUGGUUAUUCUUAGGAUCCAAAGAGAAAUUCGAAAUAAUACCGCUCUUUGGAAGUAUUAUGUGUACUCAGAUGUGUACUUAAGUUGAAGAAUGCUUUGAGACCACUUAGAUUGUUUUUAAAACAGGCUUGGUUCAUUAUGAAAAAAUGAGUUAGAACUUUUUGUCAUUAUUUGACAAAUAAUGCUAAGGAUUGAUGUUAAAUGUUUUUUAGUCCACAGUCAAGUUAUGUCAUUACAUUUUUCAGGGGGAUGUUGGUAUUUUAGAAAGAUCCAAGUUCUUUAAGCAGGCAAAAUGGCAAACCUUCCUAUUCAUUGUAAAAUUUUGAGUACUUGUAUCCCCAAAUUUUCUUUAAUUAUUGGUUGGGAUAAGCCAGAUUUAGGGCUAAAUGAA